GCCGAGGACGGUAAUGACUCCGGAAGUGACGACUUAAAUUCUUUCCAGAUCGAGGCCGGCAAGAUGGCAGCGGACACGCAGGGCCAGGUUUCAGACACGCUGAAGAGAUUCGCUGUGAAAGUCACGUCGUCCAGCGUUAAAGAGCGUAAAGAAGUUCUUGAAGAAUUGAAGGAAUGUGUGAAAGGAAAGGAUCUUCCCGAGCCGGUCAUUAAAGGACUGUGUAAGCUCUUCUAUCUGACUCUGCACAGAUACAGGGAUGCUGCGUCUCGGCGAGCUCUGCUCUCGGUCAUCGAGGUGCUCGUCCAAUCACAGCCUGAUGCCAUGGUCAGCAACCUCCCCCCCGGUCUGCUGAGCUGUGGGGUGGUCAGCAGGGGCGUGAUGCCCGGGAAGAGCACGGCUUCAGGAGCCUGCUGCGCUCUGCCCUGGACCUGCAUGAUCGUUCAGACCGUCUUCCCCUCCGCAGACAAGAGAGAAGGUGCCAACUGGAAGAAACUGGUUGAGGUUCAGAGUUUGCUGCUGGCGGAGGCAGUGGGCGGAGCCUCAGGGAACGCUCUCAAGUCAAUCAGCAAACGCUUUAAUAAGCUGUGGAAAGAGAUCCCGGGGCUGGUGGAUCACUACAUGAGCACUCUGCUGUGUUUGGAUCAGAGCUGUGUGUGUGUGCCGCUGCUGGGAUUGUGUGUGGAUUUCUGCGCUGCGCACAAAGACAUCGCCACCAUCAACAAACACAAGGCGGCUCUCUUGGACCUGUACAUGAAGACGGUCCUCAUGAGUAAGAGCAGACCGCAUCAGCACAUCCUGGAGAAGAGCGGCUCGAUGCUUCGCCACAUGUCUCACGCAGAGUUUAAGGAGCAGCUGCUGCCCACGUUACAGAAAGCUUUGCUGCGCAGCCCGGAGAACUCCAUGCAGACGAUCUCCUGCAUGCUGGCGUCUCUCACUCUUGAUCUGAGUCAGUAUGCGCUGGACAUCGGGAAGGGCAUCUCCAGUCAGCUGAAGGCUAAUAACCCAGAGCUGAUGGAGCAGGCGGUCACGGCCCUCCAGAAUCUGGCCCAGCAGUGCAGUGACCCCAGCGCUGUCCAGGGCCUUGUUAAACACCUCUUUGGCAUCCUCGGAGGCUCGGAGGGGAAGCUCACGGUUGUGGGCCAGAAGAUGAGCGUUCUGUCAGGAAUCAGAAGUUGCAGUCAUCAUGCCGUCUCUGGCUCUUCCUCUCAGUCUCUGAGCUCCAGCGUGGCUGUGAUGUUCAUUCCAUACCUGCAACAGGAAGUCCAUGAAGGGACGCUGGUGCAUGCAGUGUCGGUUCUAUCUCAGUGGACGAGCCGUUUAACGGUGGACGUGACCUCUGAGUUGAGAGAAUGGUUUAAAAAAGCCUUCACCCUGAAGACGUCCACGUCUCUUGUGCGUCAGGCGUAUCUCCAGGCCAUGAUCGGGGCUUUCAAAGGCGACGCUCUCAAUCAGGCGGUGGAGUUCCUGCCUCUCCUCAUCCAGACGGUGGAGAAAGCUGCUGCGCAGAAUACCCAGCAUGCUCUGCUGUCUGAAGGCGUGGCCGCCUCUGUGCUGCUCUGUCGGCUGUCUCUGCUGGACUCUGUGUCCGAAGCGAAGCUGGCGUCCUUCUGGAACCUGAUACUGGAUGAAAAGAAGCCUCUGUUCACUACAGACAAGUUCCUCUCUCAGGCCAGUGAAGAAGCUCUGUGCACCGUCCUGCUGCUGUGUGAAAGACUGUUCCUGGAUCAGCCUCAAAGACUCAACAACAGCAAGUCUCAGAUGUACCAUCAGGCCACAGUGAUGGUGCUGCUGUCCCGUCUGUGGCGUGUGCGUAAGCGUGCUCAACAGACCGUGAAGAAACUCCUGUCCUCACUGGGCGGCUCCAGUCUAGCCCACGGCCUUCUGGGAGAACUACGUGUCAUCAUCAACAAACACAAGAUUCUGCCGUCAGAUGUGGUUUAUACAGAGACGGGCGAGCUCACAGAGAUGGGCCGCUCUUACAUCGCCCCGAGGAUCCUGCGGGACGCUCUGAGCGUGAUCUGCUCGGUGGCGGCUCAGUGGAACGACCCGGCCGAGACUGAGAAACUGGCCUUGGAUUUGCUCAUCGUGACCCAUCAUCCGUCCGUCGUGGCCGUCAGGUCUGAGAUGUGGCCUUCUCUGCUGUCCACCAUGAAGCUGGACGCUGCUGAAUUCACCGACAAACACCUGGAGAUGAUUCUUCCUCUCCUGCUAGAAGCCAACACAGAUGAUCAGGCCGUUCGAAAUGCUGUCGGUUCUCUGUCGCUUCUGUCUCCCACCAAACUGCUGCCUCGUGUCAUGGAUCAUGUGACCCAGCGCUUGUCCAAUCCGGGUCUGAGUCAGGUGACGCGUCAGGAGUAUGCCAUCAUGCAAACGCCGGAGGGAGAACUGUACGACAAGAGCAUCAUUAUGAGCGCUCAGCAGGAGAGCACAAAGAAAGGCAACAUGAAAAGAGAGAAUAAGGCAUAUUCCUUCAAAGAGCAGAUCAUUGAACUGGAGCUUCAGGAGGAGAUCAAGAAGAAGAAAGGCAUCAAAGAGGAGCUCCAGCUGACCAGCAAGCAGAAGGAGAUGAUGCAGAACCAGCUGGAGAAAGAGUCGGGCAUCCGCAAGCGUUUGCAGGAGCUGGACGUGGAGCUGCAGUGUGCGGUCGGUCUCCUUGAGGCGGCUCUGGUCCGUCGUCCUUCUCUGAUCUGGAUGCAUCUUCCUGGAGUUCUGCAGGUUAUUCUGCCCUUGCUUCAGUCUCCUCUGGCUGCUCCCCGCGUCAAACAGCUUUUCCUGCACAUCGGCGUCACUCUCAUGCCUAAACAACUGCACUACCUGGCGGUUCUCGUGGGUCAUGUGACCUUGCGUCAGCUGAAGCCAGAGUGUGAUUUGGAUCCUGCCUGGGCUCAAGAAGAUCUGAACACAGCAACACAACGAACCAUCUCACUGCUGCACACAAACACAGCACUUCAGAGAGACGGCAAGACCGUUGCAGGAUCAGGUGCAUUUGUCCUGUCAGCACCGGCAUUCUCCUUCUGUUUCCCGCUGCUACAGACGGUGUUGAGUCAGAGCAGUGGAUCUUCAGAGGAGAGCGAGCUCAUGAUGACCCACGCUCUGCAGGUCAUCAACACACACGCUCAGCUGCGGGCCAGAUUCAACGACACCGACACACUCACAGACGAGAACGGCCCAGAGCUGCUUCCCAGAGUCAGUAUGCUGCAGCUCUUGACCAAAGUGAUCGGCACGUCCACCCCUCGCCUCCAGGUACUGGCAUCAGCUUGUCUGACGGCUCUGUGUGCAAGCGCUGGAGGGGAGGAGGGAUGUGCGCUCGCCGAACAACCUGAGAUUGACGUUCUGCUGGAGGCUUUACAGUCCUCGUGCUUCUCCGUCAGAGACGCUGCGCUCCGAGGUCUGCUGGAGAUGGAGUUGGCGUUGCCCACCGACAGCGCUGACCCCAGCGGUCUAAAGAUGCUGAGGAGACUGUGGGUGGCCAGAUUUGAUGUGGAGGAGGAGGUCAGAGCUCUGGCGGAGAAACUCUGGCAGGCUCUGUGUCUGGAUCUGGUCCCUGAGCUGUGUGCGCUCCUGAUUGAGGAUGUGAUCCACCACGAGGAGGCGGUGCGUUCGGCUGGGGCCGAGGCUCUGUCCAGCGCCGUCAGCCAGUACCACGAGCAGUCGGCCACCGUCCUGACCCAACUCACUGAGAUCUACCAUCAGAAACUCUACAGACCUCCUCCGGUUCUGGACACUCUGGGACGCGUCAUUUCUGAAUCUCCUCCUGACCAAUGGGAGGCCAGGUGUGGCAUUGCUCUGGCGCUCAACAAACUGGCUGAGUUCCUGGAUGAGAGUCAGGUGACGCCCCUCUUCCUGUUCUUUGUGCCGGACGCUCUGAACGACAGACACGCAGAGGUGCGACGCUGCAUGCUGGACGCAGCGCUGUCCGCCCUCAACACACACGGCAAGGAUAACGUGAACUCUCUGCUGCCCGUGUUUGAGGAGUUUCUGAAGAGCGCGCCGCAGGACGCCAGCUAUGACUCUGUGCGGCAGAGCGUGGUCAUCCUCAUGGGCUCUCUGGCCAAACAUCUGGACAAGAGUGACCCUAAAGUCAAACCCAUCGUGGCCAAGCUGAUCACGGCCCUCUCCACUCCAUCACAGCAGGUUCAGGAGUCGGUGGCCAGUUGUCUUUCUCCUCUGGUUCCUGCUAUAAAGGAGGACGCCGGUGGGAUGGUGAAGAAGCUCCUGCAGCUGCUGCUGGAGAGCGACAAAUACGCCGAGAGGAAGGGAGCGGCGUACGGACUGGCCGGGCUGGUCAAAGGUCUGGGGAUCCUGUCUCUCAAACAGCAGGACAUCAUGACCACGCUGACCGACGCCAUCCAGGACAAGAAGAACUCCAGACGCAGAGAAGGUGCUCUGUUUGCGUUUGAGAUGUUGUGUAACAUGCUGGGGAAGCUGUUUGAGCCAUACGUGGUCCAUGUCCUUCCUCACCUGCUGCUCUGUUUUGGUGACGGAAACCAGUACGUCAGAGAGGCGGCGGAUGACUGUGCUAAGGCUGUGAUGAGGAACCUGAGCGCUCACGGUGUGAAGCUGGUUCUGCCGUCUCUGCUGGUGGCUCUGGAGGAGGAGUCCUGGAGAACCAAAGCAGGCUCGGUGGAGUUGUUGGGUGCGAUGGCGUACUGUGCUCCUAAACAGUUGUCCUCGUGUCUGCCGAACAUCGUUCCCAAACUGACGGAGGUUUUGACCGACUCUCACGUGAAGGUGCAGAAGGCCGGUCAGCAAGCGCUCCGACAGAUCGGCUCCGUCAUCCGCAACCCUGAGAUCCUGGCGAUCUCCCCCAUCCUGCUGGACGCUUUGACCGACCCGUCUCAUAAGACACAUCACUGUCUGCAAACGCUGCUGGACACCAAGUUUGUGCACUUCAUCGACGCUCCGUCUCUGGCUCUGAUCAUGCCCAUCGUCCAGAGAGCGUUUCAGGACCGUUCCACCGACACACGCAAGAUGGCUGCGCAGAUCAUCGGAAACAUGUACUCGCUCACUGACCAGAAGGAUCUGUCUCCGUAUCUGCCCAGCGUGAUUCCAGGACUCAAAGCGUCUCUGUUGGACCCCGUGCCCGAGGUGCGGACCGUGUCGGCUAAGGCUCUGGGUGCUAUGGUGAAGGGAAUGGGAGAGUCCAGUUUCGACGAUCUGCUGCCGUGGCUCAUGGAGACACUGGCGUCUGAACAGAGCUCUGUGGAUCGAUCCGGUGCGGCUCAAGGUUUGGCUGAAGUUAUGGCAGCGUUAGGUGUGGAGAAGCUGGAUAAACUGAUGCCAGACGUGGUUCAGACGGCCAGUAAGGUGGACAUCGCCUCUCAUGUCAGAGACGGAUACAUCAUGAUGUUCAUCUACCUCCCUCUGACCUUCGGUGACAAAUUCACCCCAUAUGUGGGUCCCAUCAUUCCCUGCAUCCUCAAGGCUCUGGCAGAUGAGAAUGAGUACGUGCGAGACACAGCCCUGCGGGCCGGCCAGCGCAUCAUCAGUAUGUACGCCGAGACUGCCAUCGCUCUGCUGCUGCCAGAGCUGGAGCAGGGCCUGUUUGACGACCUCUGGAGGAUCAGAUUUAGCUCGGUGCAGUUGCUAGGCGACCUGCUGUUCCAUAUCUCCGGGGUAUCGGGAAAGAUGACAACAGAGACUGCAUCAGAGGAUGACAAUUUUGGCACGGCCCAGUCGACUAAGGCCAUUAUUGGAGCGCUGGGCGCAGAGAGACGCAACCGUGUGCUUUCUGGGCUCUACAUGGGCCGCUCAGACAUACAGCUGGUGGUCAGACAGGCGUCUCUUCACGUGUGGAAGAUCGUGGUGUCGAACACGCCUCGAACGCUACGAGAAAUCCUGCCCACCCUCUUCACGCUGCUGCUGGGCUUCCUGGCCUCCACCUGCCCAGACAAGAGAACGAUCGCUGCUCGUACUUUGGGAGACCUGGUGAAGAAACUAGGUGAGAAGAUCCUGCCUGAAAUCAUUCCCAUCCUGGAGGAGGGUCUGCGCUCGGAUAAGAGCGACGAGAGGCAGGGUGUGUGUAUCGGCCUCUGUGAGAUCAUGAAGUCCACCAGCAGAGACGCAGUUCUGGUGUUCUCCGAGUCUCUGGUUCCCACCGUGCGUAAGGCCCUGUGUGAUCCUCUGGAGGAGGUUCGUGAAGCGGCUGCCAAAACCUUCGAGCAGCUCCAUGCCACCAUCGGUCACCAGGCCCUCGACGACAUCCUGCCUACACUGCUCAAACAACUGGAGGACGAGGAGACGUCAGAGUUUGCGUUGGAUGGAUUGAAACAGGUCAUGGCUGUGAAGAGUCGAUCUGUCCUGCCUUACCUGGUGCCUAAACUGACGGCUCCUCCUGUAAACACGCGUGUCCUGGCCUUCCUGUCUGCGGUGGCAGGAGACGCUCUGACGAAACACCUCGGGGUGAUUCUGCCCGCGCUGCUCUCCUCUCUCAAAGACAAGCUGGACUCAGACGAGUGCCUGCAGGAGCUGAGCAACUGUCAGGCGGUGAUCCUCUCGGUGGAGGAUGAAGUGGGCCAGAGAAUCAUCAUUGAGGAUCUGCUGGAGGCCACACGAGGAGCAGACGCUGGGCUGAGGCAGGCGUCCGUCACCAUCCUCAACGGAUACUUCUCUCGAACACGGCUGGACUACAGCGCUCACACACGCAUGCUGCUGUCCGGCCUCAUGCGGCUCAUGAACGACCCCAACCCUGAGGUGCUCAACCAGAGCUGGGACACCAUCAACUCCAUCACAAAGAAACUGGAUGCUGGCAGUCAGCUGUUCUUGAUUGAUGACCUACACAGGGACAUUCGCUCUGCUGCCGCUGAGGUCAAAGGUCAACACCUACCUGGCUUCUGUCUGCCCAAGAAGAGAAAUCUAGUACAUUGGCGAGCCACCCAAACUACUGCUCAGCCAAAUACAGCAAAAUCUAACAAUUUGGCGGAGCCAGCCAGGAGGGACUGACAAGAAGAGAACUCACCAAUUGCAACAAGAAGUGAACAAAAGAGUUUUGGAAAUUCUACAGUUUUUGUGUUGAAGAUCAACAGACCGCAUCUGUGGACAUAAGUUAUUUGAAUCAACUUGAUCCUUUCUCAAAGAUUCUAAUUUGGUGAGUGAAACUAUCAGCUCUCUAAAAGAACUUAAAAGAACACUUUUUCAUAAGUAAGCAGAUCAUUUGAUGUGUGUAGUGUAACCAUAAUAACCAGUGUAGCACUGUUUAAGAAAUGUUUGGCUUAGGCCUUUCUCUUGAGUCUGUAGGAACCUUUUAAAUGAUUUAGUUAAUUCUCCUGAGACUGUAGGAGCUAUAGAAAAAGUGUUUAUAGCUUGGUCCAGUCCUCUUGAGUCUAUAAGAAUCAUUCAAGAAAGAGGUUUAGUCCGUUCUCGUGAGACUGUAGGAGCCAUAGAUGUGUAGUUAUAGGCUUAAUCCUGUUCUCUGGAGUCUGUAGGAAUUGUUUAAGAAACAAUUUAGUCCGUUCAUCAAGAGACUGUAGUAGCAGAGGCUUGGUCCUUUCUCUUUAUGUCUGUAGGAAUUGUUUAAGAAACAAUUUAGUCCGUUCAUAAAGAGAUUGUAGAAGCAGAGGCUUGGUCCGUUCUCUUUUUGUCUGUAGGAAUUGUGUGAAAGAAACAAUUUAGACCAGUAAUCAAGAGACUGUAGAAGCAAGGGCUUGGUACUUUCUGCUUGUAUCUGUAGGAAUUGUUUAAGAAACAGUUUAGUCCAGUAAUCAAGAGAUUGUAGAAGCAGAGGCUUAGUCCGUUCUCUUUUUCUUUGUAGAAAUUGUGUAAAAAAACAAUUUAGUCCAUUUCUCCAGAGACUGUAGGAGUCAUAGAUAGAAUUGGGACUGAUGUUGCUGCAAGAAUUGGGAAUUCUUGACUGGGUGCUAAUUCAGUAGCCACUAAUGUAGAUUUAAAUUAAUGUUCAAACCGAAUUAGAAAAUGAUGGCAUAAAACCAUGAAACUAUAAGUUUGUUUGCCUUCCAUAAAAUUACAGAAAAAAAAAAAAUAUAUUUAAUGUAAAUUGUCUAAGGGACAAAUUUGAAAAAGGCAUUCAGCCUUCUGAGCUAGAACUCAAUUCAGACAUUAAACAAGGAAAAUUAGCCUGAAUGUAAAUGUUUCGUUUUAAAUGGAAGAUUGAAAACUAAGCUGAGCUUUUAAACUAAUGAUUUGUCUGUGUAACUGAAAAUGGUCAGUCUAACAGACUGCUGUGAAUUUAAAUCUGAAUAAGUACCUUUAACAGUUCUAACACCUUGUGUUCUGUUUUCACACCUCUGAGGGCACUUUUCCUGUAUUCGCCAUGGCUGAGUCUGCACAAAACAAAGGCAAUAGUCAUGCAUUGAGGCCAACAACAGAAAGACAUGGAACAGAACCUCCAAAUGUUACCAUUGAUCAGAUGUUGGAGAAUCUGAAUGCAUAUCUGGACAAAAGGCUGGGACUGAGGAAGUGCCAUGAUGACAUCUGCCAGAAGUACAGCAUCAAGUACUCAGAGAGUGGACUAUGGGCUUUGCCGGACAUUAAAAGGGCUUAUGGAAAGAUGCAGCGCUUAAGGACAUACACCAACAGAGAUGGCUUGUCUGUAAUUUUGCUCAAACAAAUUCGACAGCAUCUACAGAGAUGUGAAACUGACAAAUUACAACAUGAGAAAAAAGCAGAGAAAGCAAAGGUUCGAGCAUUGGCUGAACAAUUACAGACUGUAAAGAAGGACAAAGAAAGACUGUUACAUCAGAAUGACAAGUUGUUAACUUUGCUCUCCAAACGACUGGAAUCAAAAGCUUCAAGCAGCUCUGAUAACAGUGAUGCAGAUAUCAACACACAUACUGAAAUUACAAAGGACAAACUGAAGGUUAGACUUGCUCCUGUAAUUAUUAAGAACAGAAGAACUGAAACUGAAAAUGAAGAGGAGUAUGAGGAAGAUGGUGAACGACGAACUCGCACAGUAAAAAAGGUAAUAAAGAAAUAUGUUCCAUACAGAACAUACCAGCCAGCUACUCCAGAGCAAGUUGACAAAUGGUCAAAAGAAUUGCCAGAUGUGUACAAGCAACCACGGAAAGUAUGGCAAUUUCUUCAACGCUUGCAGAAAAUCUACAAUUUACAUCCACUGGACAGUGUGAUGAUUGUUAAUGUGAACUUAAGAGACAAUGACCAACAACGACUUACAGAAAGUGUUGAAAGAAGGAUUGGUGAAUCUCAAGAAAACAUUGAAGCUGGAUGGGAAGCGGUUCAAACCUUCUUAUUUGAACUGAAACCUGCAGAGGUUAAUUGGGCUAAAAUUACCUCUUGUGUGCAGAAGACAGGAGAAAGUGUUGCAGAAUUUGAAGAACGCUUCAGACAAACUUGGAUGGAACAUGCUGGUUUGAACAACAACAUUGAAGAACUCUGUGAAGACACUAGCAUCCCUUUUAAAACCAUAUUUGUGAAUGGACUGAAACCUGAGGUUUCUAAAACUCUUAAAAUCAGGUAUGAUGACUGGGACAGCACUGGAACAACAUUUAUGCAGAUUGUAGAAUGGUCAGCAAAGAUUGAAAGAACACAGGAAGUCGAUCUCAGAGUUUUACAAUCCAAAACCUUGUCAUACAACAACAGGACAAUGGGAUACGAAAAAAGUGAAUAUCAGAGACACUCAAGAGAGAAAACUCAGGAAAGAUUUAGACAUUGCAACGAGGAAGGACACUGGAUUCGUGAUUGUAAGCUGAGUUUGAGACAAAGUGAUGACGACCACCUGUUGAAGAGGUUUCAGCAGUUGACAGCCAAACAAAAACAGACUCUGCUAAAUGCUGUGGAGCCACAGGGAAACUGAAGAACCUCUCUCUGCAGCACCAGCUAGUGACAUCUUAUCCAAAAGCUGAUGGACUCCAUGAAACCUCAACAACUGAAGCCACAGAGGAUGUCCUAGUAGACAGUGCUGCUAAACAAGCCGUAAAGGAGAGAGGUAAACAUGCAGCGGCAUUAAGACAACUUCAGCAAAACUCACAAACUGUUCUACAUAGUAAACAGAUUCAAAUUGAAUUGGCCAGGAAACAAUCAUCAUUGUUAAUGGAAGAUGUAAAAAAACAUGAUGACAACCGAUGCCUUAAGGAAAACCACAAGGAAAAUGGACUAUGCCCUUUUGAACAUGUCACAGGCCGGCCCAUGUCCACUGAAAAUCUAACAUCUGACAGCCUUGUCCAAACUGAUGAAAGACUCAGUCUGGCAGUACACAAUGCCAAGAAUCAAGUUUUGGCACCUCCAAAAGGGAGCCAUGGUUUAGUGCCCAACAAAUGGGUAAAGAUUAAAAAAACUGAUGUGUCGCAACAAGAAUACAGAUGGGAAAGACCAAUUGAGGAUCUUUUAGUAACUGACACAGCAGUUAAGGCACAGGGAAACAAUGAGUGGAUUGAUGUGAAUUUGCCUAGAGAUGAGGGAUAGAUGGCAGUAGUGUUUUUCAGAGUCCAAAUAUGGUGGGACUAGAGUUUUUAGGCUCUAGCUUGUCGCCUGAGGACGAAGACAUGAACAUUUCACCACUGAUAAACACUGUAGUGUCCUGCCAACAUUAAAUAGGGACAGUUAUAUUGGUAAUUAGGCAUAUUUUGUUUAAACUAUUUCUUUGGAAAGAUUUGUUUCCCUUUUCUCUGGUGUGAUUGUAGGUGUCCCAGCGUUUCAGAGGAUGAGCAAAGAUAUCCAACGCUUGGACCAAACUGCACUGGCCACCUAGAUAAACAUGCCUUAACAUCCACAGAACACAACAACAUUCGUCACUUCCACAAGAUCGCAACAUUAAAA